CAUCGGUGACUCACUCACUCACCAAAUUCCGUAUUCUUGACACUAAUUGAAAACCGCUCGAGUUUGUCAACUUGGCACCACUGUAUUCUCACUUUUUUCUCAUGUCACUUGUUUGAAUCUGUCAAAUUGUGAUUCAUUGCGCUUGCGUUUGUAAUUUUUGCGAUUUAUUCAAAUUUAAAAUUAAAAUAUGUCUCGCGCUUCAGAAGAGCAAAAGCUGAUACUUGUUCAGUUUUUAAAAAAAAAUAAAAACGUCGUGGCAGGGAAAACGUCACCUAAUUUUACCAACAAAAAUAUACACGAGAAGUGGAAGACGGUUGCAGCAUCUUUGAAUAGCACUGGAAGGCCUUACAAAGAUUGGAAAAAUUGGCGAAAAACUUGGCAAGAUUUAUAUUCUCGCGUAAAGGCGAAAGCUGCCAGAAUCAACCGGUCAACAAACCAAACAGGUGGCGGUCCCCCCAGUGAUGAAAAAUUGACCACAUUCGAGCAGGAUAUUGUGGACACUUUUAUCAAGCCGGUAGUGGUAGAAGGAGAUUCAUUAAUUAAAGAAAGUGUCUGCAAUUUCCAUGCGAAUGAUACAACCACAUCCAUGAUCUCCAAUUCCAGUGGUGCAAUUGUUCAUCCCAUAAUAUUGAACCCUGUUGACGAAGUCGACAUCGAGGUUAUCAACAUUGACGAGGUAACCAAAAUCCCACCUACGCAACCCACGACAUCCAAGAAUCUAACCAGAACUGGUUCAGCAGCUUCAGAAAUUGUUAAAAAAGGGAAGAAGCGAACGGCAGAAGAAUCGAGGGCGGAAUAUGCAGAAUAUUUGAAUAAAAAAUUAAAAAUAAAAAAAGACUAUUACGACGCAAAAAUUGAGCACUUACGGCAACAAACUGUUUUAAUGGAACAGCAACUCAUUAUUAAUACACAAUUGCUAGAAUUAAAAAAACUUAAAUAUAGCUCCAACUAAUGGUAAUAUGUAAAAUAUAACGACAAACGAUUUUUAUUGAUAAUUACAUAAUGAUAUAAAUUU